AUGGAGAGCACCAUCAACACCGCAGGGAACACAAAGUCCGGCAUUUUGGGCAAAGAAAAUUAUUUCAAAGACACAUCUGCGUUGUUGAAGCUUUUGCAGCAAUCUUUCCACCAAAUAAGUAGCGUGCAAAACCUGGAAUCCCGGGUAAAAGUCGAGCUUCUCAUUGGAAAAACAUUCGAGGAGAAGAGAGUCACCAUCGAUGAUAAAGAUUUCACGACCAACAAAAUCCCCAACGAGGUCUACGACUCGUGA